CGAGUUGGGACCGGUCGCGUAUGCGCUCUGGGAAAUGUGAAGCCGUGCUUAAGUACCACGUGGUCGGGGACCCGGGCUGGAGAUGUAAGCAGAAAUAAGAGCGACCCACAGGACUAGGCAGUGUGGCAGUCACCGGGGCAGUCAGUCACCGGGGCAGGCAGCUACCGGGGUAGUCAUCCACCGGGGCAGUCAGUCACCGGGGCAGUCAGUCACCGGGGCAGUCAGUCACCGGGGCAAUCAGUCACCAGGGCAGGCAGCUACCAGGGUAGUCAUCCACCAGCGUAGCCAGUCACCAGGGAAAUCCGUCAGUCUGUGAUGAUAGUGUCAAGUCACCAUUCAGUCAGUCACUUAGGCAGUCGGGCAGCGUGACAGUGUCAGGUUACUCAGUCACUAGGGCAGGUCGUCUUAGAUGCAACCUGUCGUGCCUUAGGGCAGGCAGUCCGUCGGGCACUCAGGAGAAGCAGUCUUUCAGGCAGUUUGUCAAGUACCCAGUCAGCCUGUCAGGUGCUAGGGGCAAGUCAGACAGGCACUCAGUCUGGCAGACACAACAAGGGCAGUUACUGUCAGCCGCCGUCACUGUGUCAAGACAGCCAAAUAGCAGCCAAACUCUGGGUUGCUAAGGCUGACAUUCAAUUACCUUAUUAGUCGGCCAGACAAUCCCUGGGGCAGACGCACAAAGGUCUGCGGUCCGUUAAGUAUCUCUGGUUCCCAGAUGCUCUGUAAGGCACUCGCCUACCCAGCCAGUAACUCGAAUAACUGCCCAGUCCGUGUCUCUGCUGCCCAGCUGCUCACUCGAUUCACUGCCAACCAGUCAACCACUCUUAACAAGCUGCCCGACCGGUCGCUUAGCUCUCUCUCUGCACGGGCAGAGACACUCGGCUAGCUGCUGCCCGUUCGCAGUCACCGUCAGCCCGCCCGACAGCGAGAGAAGCCCGACUGGCGAUGGAGCCGCUGGUGGCGAUGGUGUUGGGGCUGCUGCUGCUGCUGCUCGCCCCGUGUCGCGGCGAUGACGGAGACCACGGGGACUUCAUCAAGAGGGAGCACAGCCUCAUGAAGCCUUAUCAGGGCGUUGGCUCGUCGCCAGGUGCGCAGUGGGACAUCACGGGCAACACGGUGGUGAUUGGCCACGCCGUGCGACUCACGGCCGACCAGCAGAGCAAGCUCGGUGCCAUGUGGAACACUGUGCCGUGCCACGUGACGGACUGGGAGCUGCACGUGCACUUCAAGGUGCACGGUCAGGGCAAGAAGAACCUGCACGGGGACGGGUUCGCCGUGUGGUACACCAAGGACAAGAUGCAGCUGGGGUCGGUGUUUGGCAGCAGGGACCCAUUCCACGGGCUUGCUAUCUUUGUGGACACCUACCGCAACGACUUUGAUGAUCACGAUCGCUUGUUCCCGUUUGUGACGGCCAUGGUGAACAACGGCUCCCUGCGCUACGACCACAGCAAGGACGGCAAGACGACGGAGAUCGGCGGCUGCUACGCCGACCUGCGCAACAAGGACUACGACACCUACAUGGCCGUGCGCUACUCCCGCCAGCGGCUGACGGUGAUGCUCGACGUGGAUAACCGUGACGAGUGGAGGGAGUGCCUGGACGUGGCGGGGGUCUCGCUGCCCACAGGAUACCACUUUGGCGCGUCCGCCGUCACGGGGGACCUUUCCGACAACCACGACGUCGUCUCGCUGAAGCUGUACGAGCUGAGCGUGGAGCGCCCAGCGGAGGACGCCGAGGUCGACCGGAGCGGUGUCCUCCCGGCGGUCGACCUCUCGCUCGCCCAGCGCGCGAGCGCGGACGACUCGGCGGGCUCGGCCCGCGCCGCCCCAAUGUCCGGCUGGCGCCUCUUCCUGCUGCUGCUGUGCGCGCUGCUCGCCGUGGUCGUGUGCGCCGUCGUGGGCCUCCUCAUCUACCAGCGCCGCCAGGAGCACAGCCGCAAGCGCUUCUACUGAAUCGCGGCGCCUCCCGUCGUCCAGCCCCACAGCCUCCCUCCCGUCACCGACCCACCAACACAUCAAUCCUUACCCACCCACCAAGGCCCUCCCGCUCCCCAACACCCACCUGACACCCACCCGUCCGGGUCAAAGGCACUGUUGUUGUAACAUAGGCGCUAUUUAACCGAAUGUAGCGGGCGUCUGAAAGGCGCGAACUGGAGAGCGAGAUACCGUUAGGGGAUAGAACUCGUCUGUUUACAAAGCCCUUAGAGAACCUUUGGCUAGGUGGGGGGGGGGGGGGGGGGGGGUGGGGGGAGGGUUAUGAAAUAAUUACCACUUUGUGGGAAGUUCAGUGUUAGUUGUCCAAUCGAUGGAUGAGAUUGUCACUCACUGUGGGGAAUGUGGAAUUUCCACAGUUGUCUCAGCAGCGCCAUCAAGGGUGGGCUGCUCCGCCCCUGCAGCUCGUUUGAGCGGAGAUUGCGAACCGAGCGUUGUUCCGACUCGCAAUCUGAAAGUUGCUACUUCAAUCUCCCCCCACGCUCCCCCUCCGUCACUAUUUCAUAAAAUGACGGCCGCUUGUGGGGAACAUCCCAGUGGUUGCCCUGUGGAUUUAACUGAACCCCCCGCCAUAGCAAUGUGGAAUUGCCACAACCUUGUUAGGGACCAACAACGGCGUUGGUCACCGUCCCAUGCUAGUAAGAGCAGGAAGGAUCCUCGGCUUUUUUUUACAAUUAAAUCUUUUCCAUCCAGGUGUCCCCCCCACCCAUGACGUUCCAGCACGCUUGUAAUUUUCAAGCGAGUAAGGAAAUCCGUCAAACGAGGCGAUUCCAGACAGGAGGAGGGAGAGGUCACUGUCCACAUAGGCCCUGUGCCUGCUUCAACGCUGAACCCAUACGAUUUUUUUUACUUUUACUACUGGAAGCAGCCUCAAGAAAACUUCAGAAGCCAAAGUCUUAACAUGGUCCCCCUCUGGCAGCCGGAUCAGAGUUCAACGUGACGAAACGCAGAGGGAUCGUACCCGUACCGAUCCCACACAGCGCGAACGCUGCGCUCUGCGGCUGACCGACACCGAACGAACCGCGACCCGGUUAAAACCUUCACCUGGCUCGGGCGAGAGGCGGGGGUGUCUGAUCGACGUGGGGGGGGGGGUGGGGGGAGGCAUCGGGGAAUGUUUAUCGAGGGUGGUGAUAACACUGGUGAAUAUUGAGAUAAUCAAACGUGAAUGUGUAGUGGCGUCGCCGUGCAUGCGCGUAAAGUCGUACGUUGCUCACCGAGAUUGUUUUCGUGGAAUAAUCUCCCGGCGUUCAUAAAUCAAGUUUCGCCGAGCUCCUCCAGGCAGUUUUGCUCCCGAGCCUGAGACCCCGUUGUUCCCGACUGCCUUGAGCUUUGUGUUGCGGAUUCUCUCAACCACAUCUCAUCCACAUCGUUACCGUUUUAUCGCUAUCGCCAACCACCAUUCAACCACGUCAUCGUCACGUAUUUAAUAACGUCACUUAUCGUCGUCACGAGUCGAUCUCUGUCAUCAACAAUCAUGAAACCACAUCAUUUCGUCAUCAAUUCAUCCACGUCACAAAAAAUAGGUCCACUCUUUCCGCAAGCUUUGUCAAACACUGUCGAGAUUCCUUUUCCAAAUGAUGCAGUAUAUUUUUUUACACUAUCACCACCACACUGGUCUCCCGGUCUCUUCAGCCUGCACUCAACUCUGAUGAACGUUGCGUGCGGAUGGGGUUUGGUGCCGGUGUCCAGAGCGUGGGCUAUUAUCAAGAUGCUCGUCGUUACGGCUCCCUCUCUGGCUUGAGCCAGUGGUGGUGGUGGAGGGGGGGGGGGGCUCUUGUGUUUGGUGAAACACUUGGGCGCGAAGUCCAAUUUUCCUGAAGUGAAGUUUUGUUGGAUGUCUCACGUGUGAGCAGGGGAAGACGCUCGCUCAAGAGUCUCGAGUCGUUUGCCCGAUUUUCAGUCAUUAGUCGAUUAAUUUUAUUUAACGAUUGUUAGCCGAUUGUGUUUAUUAAAAAAAAGCUUUUGUUUUUAACAAAAAAAAGUUAAUACAAAACGUUUACAAGGUCACAUUGGAUUCAAAAUUAUAGCAUUCCAUCGGGACUCUGGUCACCUCGGCCAUGUAUCCCUCCGCGGUCAAUAUUAACAGUGGUGGUUCUGUCCUAAGACUGGCCCGUGCCAUUGGAAUGUGGAAUUUUCACCAUUGGCACAGGGCUGCCAACACCAGCACCCAGGACAACUCCGCUCAACGCCCGAUUAAGCCAGGAGGACUCCACUUUGGACAAAACGUCGCCCCCCCCCCCCCCCCCCCCGUUGUUGGCGACCAGAGGCCGUUGGUGCGUUUUCACCAAAAAAACAGACGCAGAUGAACGUUCAAAUGCCUUGACCAUUAGCGGUUGCGUGUGAUUGCCAUCGGCCCUCGUUUCAUGGGCUGAAUUUAUAGGAGCUCCCUGUCAAACUCCCUCAUUGCCCGGCGCCUGGCCCUUACUGGUUCGUGGGCCCCGUUUUCGGCACACGCCACCACCUCCGCACUGGAUAGCUACGCCACUGUUCGUGUCGUGGCGUUUUAAAACCACUAAAUUUGUGUUUGCCUCGUUUGACUGCAUGCCUCUCUCUUCAGAUGGGCCUCUUCCUCAAGAACUCUGGACUUGUGUGAGUGCGUGUUUCAAUAAACUCCCGUUGAAAUGUG